AUGGAGCAUGGCACCGAAAGCUGUGAGGUCACCGUCCAUAUUGGCGCCAGUGAUAAAUACUUGGAAAUGCAACCCUGGAGCAUCACCGCCACUGGAGCCCGUAUGCCUGACACCAUUCAACUUGCAGCUCGCAAGGCACUGCGGUACCUGUGCCAGAUGUUUGAAUGGCACUUGGGUUCCACGCCCAUGAAGUACUUUCCACCGUUGGAUCGUAGCCGUCCUGCUUGGGCAGCGAGGAUCCGCAACCUGGAAAGCCCCGCAGGGAUAGAGAAGAACCCCACAGUUGUCGCUAUGUCUGGCUAUUUGCUUAGCCUCGACAAUUUGUGCGACCAACUGCAUCAGCGUGUGAGAGAUUUAAUCCAGCGUGCUGAGGGAGCGGAGUCCCGUUGGCAUAAGGCUAAGCUGGCCUUAGCUCAGGCAGAAGCCCGAGCGGCUGAAGCUGAAAGCCGCCUCGCCGUGGCUGAAGAUAACCUUAGAGAACAGGCAGAUCGCCACAGCCAACUCCUUAGGGGUGUCUACCUAGUGGACCGUGCCAAGCGCAAGGAACGCCAUUCCAGGACCGCCGCGGAGCCACCAAUCCUGGAGGGGAUCCCACUAGAACAUCACAUCCCCAGCAGUGUCAUGAAGCUCAAGAGGGAUGAGUUCAGAAAGCUUCGUCAAGGUGGUAUGAAUGUGACAGAGUAUCUCCAUAAGUUCACGGAGUUAUCUCGUUAUGCACCAGAGGAUAUCAAUGAUGACGAGAAGAAGCAAGAAGCUUUUCUUGGUGGGCUAAACCCUGAAAUCAGGACCUUGGUUGAAGUCACCACCCACAGUGACUUUAAUGCCAUGAUCAACAGGGCUAUCACCACUGAGAGAAAUAGGAAGGCAGAACUCAGUGAGCGCAAACGACGGUUUGAAAGCAAGAAACCCCAGCAGACGGAGAAGUUCCAGAAGACUCAGUAUCCGGCUCACUCAGGCCAGAGGAGCCAGGGUGCAACCUCAUUCAAAACGCACCCCGGUUCUUUCCAGAAGCCAGCCCAGUCAGCUCCGGUUAUGCAGACCCAGAAUACCUCCCGCACCCAACCGACUGGCGGAAGUCAAGUGACCAAUGCGAAGGCCUGUUUCCACUGCCGCGAAGUCGGACACUACAGGGCCAACUGUCCGUAUCUCAAUCAGCCGGCCCCUUCUAUUUUCUCCAACUCUGUUCAAGGGCCAAAGCAGCCGACGGGAACCAACCGUACAGCACCAGCUAGGAGCCAGCAGCAGUCCUUCGGCAAGGCAAAGGUGAACCAUGUGCAUGCUGAAGAGGCAGAGGAUGCACCAGGAGUGGUUUUCGACUCCAUGGUGAACCACAUUCAAGCAGAGUCCCCAGAGGAUGUGCCAGUAGUUCAGGAAUUCGCAGAUGUGUUUCCAGAUGAGUUACCCGGUAUGCCUCCAGAAAGAGAUGUAGAGUUCACUAUUGACUUAGUCCCUGGAACCAAGCCUAUAGCAAAGAAUGCCUAUCGGUUAGCAGCCCCAGAGCUUGCCGAGUUGAAGAAGCAGCUUGAGGAGCUCCAACAAAAGGGAUUUAUUAGACCUGCUGCUUCUCCGUGGGGAGCCCCAGUGCUCUUUGUGAAGAAGAAAGAUGGAAGCAUGAGACUUUGUGUGGACUACCGUGACCUGAAUGCAGUCACCAUCAAGAACAAGUACCCUCUGCCUCGGAUUGAUGACCUGUUUGAUCAGCUUAAGGGAGCUAAGUUCUUCUCCAAGAUAGAUCUGAGAUCAGGCUAUCAUCAGCUCAGAGUACGACCAGAGGACAUCCCUAAGACAGCCUUUAGGACCCGUUAUGGCCAGUAUGAGUUCACAGUGAUGCCUUUUGGUCUAACUAACGCCCCUGCCUUUUUCAUGACCCUCAUGAAUAAGGUGUUUAUGGAGGAGUUAGAUCGGUUUGUCGUGGUAUUCAUAGACGACAUACUGGUCUACUCUAAGAGUGCUGAGGAACAUGGACAACAUCUUAAAGUUGUGCUGGGAAAGCUUAGAAAACACCAGUUGUAUGCCAAGUUUAGUAAGUGUGAAUUCUGGAUGCAGAGAGUCAGUUUCCUGGGUCACGUCUUAACAGCUGAAGGUGUUGAAGUAGACCCAGAAAAGGUCAAGGCAGUAUCAGAAUGGAAGCAACCAACCUCAGUCUCGGAGAUCAGGAGUUUGUUGGGAUUAGCCGGCUAUUACCGGAGAUUUAUAGAAGGUUUCUCUAAGAUAGCCCGGCCUAUGACCGAGUUGCUCCGAAAAGACGCAAAGUUUGUCUGGUCUGAAGCUUGCGAGGGAAGUUUUCAAGAAUUGAAGAGGCGACUAACUUCUGCCCCGGUGCUAAUUUUGCCAGAUAAUCAGAAGAGCUUUGUCGUUUAUUGCGACGCAUCCCGACAAGGAUUGGGUUGUGUGCUUAUGCAAGAAGGAAGAGUUGUAGCUUAUGCCUCAAGACAGUUGAGAACACAUGAGCAGAACUACCCCACCCAUGACUUGGAGUUAGCCGCGGUGGUGCAUUCCCUCAAAAUUUGGAGACAUUACCUAAUUGGGAACAAGUGUGAGAUCUACACGGAUCAUAAGAGCCUGAAGUACAUUUUUACCCAGUCAGAUCUCAACCUU